CAACCCCCUGCGCUGCCCCCCAGGUCCUGCACCCACCCUGAGGAGCCAGGAGGCCCCGCGUCUCCCCCAGGCCCUGUGCCCACCCCCGAGGGGCGGGAUCCCCGCUGGCCCCCAGGCCACUCCUGUACCAGCCCUGAGGAGACAGGCUAAGCGCCCCCCCUUUCCCCAUUCCAUCCCCCACCCCCAACCUUCCAAGGAGUGGACCCUCCACCCCUCUCCCCCACCCCGGCUAAGCCCCGCUCAAUCCUGUCGAAGCCCCGCCCCCAGACCGCCGCCCAGGUCCCGGGUCCCUCUCAGGGCCCGCGCCCGUCCAGAGGGAAGGGGGGCCCUCCAGCCCGGGCCAAGUCUGCCCCCCCCCGACCCCCUGUUCGGGUAGCCUGGGCCUCGGGUCCGGCCCCGCCCGUGCCCUGCCCCGCCCAGUUCAGUAGGCCCCCCGGCGUGGGCCUGCCCCAGCAGUCCCGGACAGGCCCGCGGGCUUCCCGCCGCGGCAGCAGCAGCAUGGCCUCGGAGUCGGUGAAGGUGGUGGUUCGCUGUCGGCCCAUGAACCAGCGGGAGAAAGACCUGAACUGCCAGUCCGUGGUGACGGUGGACUGCGCCCGGGGCCAGUGCUUCAUCCAGAACCCGGGCGCCGCCGACGAGCCGCCCAAGCAGUUCACCUUCGACGGCGCCUACUACCUGGAGCACUACACCGAGCAGAUCUACAACGAGAUCGCCUACCCCCUUGUGGAGGGUGUCACUGAGGGCUACAAUGGCACGAUCUUUGCCUACGGCCAGACAGGCAGCGGGAAGUCCUUUACUAUGCAAGGCCUGCCAGACCCUCCCACCCAGAGAGGCAUUAUCCCCAGAGCAUUUGAACAUAUUUUUGAGAGUGUCCAGUGUGCUGAGAAUACCAAAUUCUUGGUCCGGGCUUCCUAUCUAGAGAUCUAUAAUGAGGAUAUUCGAGACCUUCUGGGAGCUGACACCAAGCAGAAGCUAGAGCUGAAGGAGCACCCAGAGAAAGGCGUGUACGUGAAGGGGCUGUCCAUGCACACAGUCCACAGCGUGGCCCAGUGCGAGCGCAUCAUGGAGAUGGGCUGGAAGAACCGUUCGGUGGGCUACACUCUAAUGAACAAGGACUCCUCACGUUCCCAUUCCAUCUUCACCAUCAGCAUCGAGAUCUAUGCUGUGGAUGAGCGAGGCAAAGACCACCUGCGGGCAGGGAAGUUGAACCUAGUCGACCUGGCAGGCAGUGAAAGGCAGUCGAAAACGGGGGCCACUGGGGAGCGGCUCAAGGAGGCCACAAAAAUCAACCUGUCCCUGUCAGCUUUGGGCAACGUCAUCUCGGCCCUGGUGGAUGGCCGCUGCAAACACAUCCCCUACCGGGACUCGAAGCUGACCCGGCUGUUGCAGGACUCCCUGGGGGGCAACACCAAGACCCUCAUGGUGGCCUGCCUGUCCCCGGCUGACAACAACUACGAUGAGACCCUCAGCACCCUGCGGUACGCGAACCGAGCCAAGAACAUCAAGAACAAGCCUCGCAUCAAUGAGGAUCCCAAGGACGCCCUCCUGAGGGAGUACCAGGAGGAGAUCAAGAAGCUGAAGGCCAUCUUAGCUCAAACGGUGAACUCAAAGAACUUGACAGCCUUAUUGUCGAACCAGAUGCUUGCUAAAGCUGAGCAAACUGAGGAGAAGCCGCCACCUCCGCCACCUCCUCAACCAGAUACUGAAGCAGAAAAGCAAUUGAUUCGGGAGGAAUAUGAGGAACGGCUGGCACGGCUAAAGGCUGAUUAUGAAGCAGAACAGGAAUCAAGAGCCAAGUUGGAAGAGGACAUUACCGCCAUGCGUAAUUCUUAUGAUGUGAAGCUGUCCACCUUGGAAGAGAACCUCAGGAGAGAGGCUGAGGCUGCCCUGAAGGCUGAGGCCCAGUCCAGAGCUGAGGCCCAAGCCAAAGCUGAAGCACUGGCCAAGGCUGAGGAGCUGCUCAGGGCUGAGACCUUGUCUCUGUCCAAGGCUGAAGCCAUUCUCAAGGGUGAAGACUUCCAGUUAUCUUAUAGCCAUUUGGAGUUACCUCCUGAAAUCCCAGUAUUGGAAGUCGCAUUGUUGGAGGAAUCCAGCAAGUCUGAGGUACCCUGUCAGCCCGAGGUCCCUGUCCUAGAACCUGAGGCUCUCUUCCUGCCAGAAGGACCUGCCAAGGCCGAGGCCCCACUUUCACUGGAGGAGCCCUUUCCUUCAGACAUCCUCACUGAGCCAGAGGCCCCGCUGCCACCCGAAGUCGCUGCAUCUGACGCUUCCGACGGGUUAUCCAAGGAUGAGCUCCCACCCAAGCCUGAAGCCUUCCUUGGGGGUGAAGACAUGUCUGAGCAGACUGUGCAUUACCCACUGGAGCAGACAUUUGAGGAGCUGCAGCCUCUUAUGCUGGACAUCAUAUCUCCAGAAGCAGAGCAAAUUGCAGGGCAGCUGGCCAUUUUUGAUGAGCUGGAGGUAAAGCUGGCCAAGAUUUCCACUGGGGUUAUCCACAAGGUUGAUGUAGCAGAAAUCCCACUACAGUAUUCCAUGGCCGAACUGCUGCAGCCUGAUGUGAAGCCUGAAGUUGAUCCUGGUUUUGAGAUAGUGCCCAAAAUUGAGGUUGAGCAGCCGCAGCUGCUGCAGCCGCCACCGCCACCCCCGCCGCCACCACCACCGCCAUUGCCACAGCCACCGCCACAGCUGCCGCCACAGCCACAGCCUCAGCCACCACUGCAGAUAGCUCAGCCAGUGGUGGCUGUCAAAAAGGAAAGCACAGGAGUGGAAGUGGCCGUGGUGACGGAUGAAAUCCCUGCAGCCCUGAACCAGGAGCAGGUGCUGGCCAGGUUGCACAUGCUGGAGCAGCAAGUGGUGGGAGGAGAACAAGCAAAGAACAAGGACCUGAAGGAGAAGCUGAGGCGGCGCAAAAGGUACGCAGAUGAGCGGAAGAAGCAGCUGGUGGCCGCUCUGCAGAACUCUGAUGAGGAUAGCGGCGACUGGGUGCUCCUGAACGUCUACGACUCCAUUCAGGAGGAAGUGAGAGCCAAGAGCAAACUUCUGGAGAAGAUGCAGAGGAAGCUUCGGGCUGCAGAAGUGGAGAUUAAAGAUCUACAGUCAGAAUUUGAGCUCGAGAAGAUUGAUUACUUGGCUACCAUCCGCAGACAAGAGCGAGACUUCAUGCUCUUCCAACAGCUUCUUGAACAGAUGCAGCCUCUGAUUCGCCGGGACUGUAACUAUAGCAACCUUGAUAAGAUCAAGCGGGAGUCCUCCUGGGACGAAGAAAAUGGCUUCUGGAAAGUGCCAGAGCCUGUCAUUGUGAAAACCAGUCUCCCUGUAGCAGUUUCAACAUUACCACAGAAUAAGCCUCCAAGAAAAACCUGUUCUGCUGAGAAUGGAGAACCAUCGCAGGAAGAAGAUCGCUACAAGCUCAUGUUGAACAGGAGUGACAGUGAAAAUAUUGCCAGCAACUAUUUCCGAUCUAAACGGGCCAGCCAGAUCCUCAGCACAGAUCCAAUGAAGAGCCUGGCUUACCAUAACUCGCCGCCUGGGCUCAACUCCCCCCUCAACAGCGCCUCCUCCAUCCUGACACCCAUCUCGCCCACCCAGGCCACGGACAUGCCCCAGCCUCGGCCCUUCCGCCUCGAGUCCCUGGACAUCCCCUUUGCCAAGGCCAAGCGCAAGAAAAGCAAAACCUGAGCCCCCCUGAGCACCUGCCAGCCAGUGGUGAUCCUGACGGAACUUAGCGGACGCCCCUCCCCAAACGCACCACCGCCAAGGGUUUUCUGGGGGGCCACCCUGCAGACCGAGGGCACCCUGGCCCUUUGCCCGGAUGAGACUGGAAAGCCAUUUGACCAGAGGGAGGGAGCGGGUCCUCCUUUGGACUCUCCUGUUGAUUGAGCUUUGGAUCCCGAUGAGAAAAAUAAAUGGCGCCUA